UUCCAGGUGACACCUCCAUUGGGAAAGGUGGCCUGCAUAGUAAAACCAAGCCUUUAUCUUUAGAAAGUGACGAAGAAAACAUGAAAAAUAAUUAUCGAUGGCAUGAGUGCAACAAUAUAGAUUCUCUGUAUGGUGGUGUGACGAAUAGCAACUCACAAGGACCUCCUCCACCACCAACCAUCAAGCAGUCAUCUCUAAGAGUUGGAGAAGACUGCAUGGUGUACAGAUGUAUGGAAUGUGGAGAACCGUUGGAAGAAUUUUCAAAUAAUGAUUUAGGGUUGUGCAUCAUAAUCCUCUCUACGUUUGUGUAUCGUCAACCUGGUCUUGCCGCACCACUGCUCCCCAGAAUGCUUAAAACAGUGGCUAGGGUCUCUGGAAGUGAGUUGUUCUCCUGGCAGUUUGAGAGUUCCAUUCAUCUACCCGGUUCAGCAACCAGCAUUGGCCGACAGUUUCUUCGCUGUGUCUUACACCAGUUGGCUCCAAACCAAAUUUUUAACCAAAUAUUCUUCACCAACAUUGAAGAAUAUCAGCGUGUUCAGCUUUUCAAAACUUUGGCUCAAGCGCUCACAGAUUUCAAUGAACUAAACCCUUCAGCUCCAAUCCAACUACUACUCGAGAAUCAGAACAGCAAGAAAGUUCUACCAACAGAAAAUCUGUCCCAUUUACUGGGAAAUGUUGCAUCAUACAUGGAGUGUGUUGGCCAAGAUGGAGGUGGUGGUCUCUCAUCCAGUCUUGUCCCUCUUUUUGACACCUUUCUUCGUAAAGUUUUCCUGUGUAUUAAUGUCAUGACAGACCUGAACCCAGUUUUAAGAAUUCUCGUUGCCAUUCUCAGAAUUCCAGGGGUGUCAUCUCAUAAGAGUAUCCUUGAUCCUGUUUCCAAAUUAGUAAGCUACUCCAUCCAGAACUCUGUGAUGAAGUAUGAACACCUGAGUGAUUUGUGUCAUCUUUGCAACCGCAUCUUUUCGAGAGAGAGGGACAAAUUGUUGUUGCCUCGGCUGGUUGUUUAUGAGUUGGUUCAAGCACUGAAAUUUAAGACCUCCAUCCCUGACACCAAUUUAGUUCUCCUGGUACAGCUGGUUGUUCAGGACAGUGGAGGAACGCUGGGUAGCAAUACUGUUGUUGGGGACUUGCCAAGGGACGUUCAAGAUAUACACAAUCUUCCCAACACUUGUGCAGCUGAGUGUAUGCGGUCACACCUGCACGAUGCACUAGAAUUUAUUGCUGAUGUUCAUACACUCACCAAAGUGAAGUCCAACUGCCGUAGUAGUGUUGGCCUGAAUGAGGAUACAAUGGGUGGACUGGUGAAAGCUGGAAUCUCUCAGUACCUAGCAUUAGAAAUUACUCGGGGAAACAGUAGAGAUAACAGAGCCAUUACCAAGUAUCUCCCAUGGCUUAACAACCCUCCAACCACUGUACAACAAGGACCCAGAGAAUUCAUUGACUGUGUGUCUCACAUUCGCUUACUGUCAUGGCUUCUACUUGGUGCUCUGACUCACACAUGUCUUGUUGGAAGCUCAGCAUCAAUGGUGUGCCAACCCAUCCCUCCAGAAGCCUCCUGUCACAUUGCAGACCAUAUUCAGGUAAUCCUGGCAGGUUUUGCUGAACAGUCAAAAACCUCAGUGCUUCAUAUGUCAUCUCUCUUCCAUGCAUUUAUUUUGUGUCAGCUGUGGACAGUGUACUUGGAGCAAGGUGCUGGCAGUCCUGGCAGUGAUACGUACAGCAGCACCUCUGCCAUCCUUACUGACUUUUGGGCAAAGGUCACACCUGGCAUCCUUCAGUUAGUUUCACACUCAAAAGUGGAAACUGAAACAGCCCAGCUAAGUGAAAUGGUAAAUCUUCACUUCCUGAGCCUUAUGGAGGCACUUCAUGAGUGCCGCUCUACCGUCCUUACCAAGUUAUUACCUCUGUGGGCCCCAGUUUUGUACACUCAUCAUAAUAAGUUACCAGGACAAUUAGCAGUGAGACUUCAGGCAUGUCAGAAUGCAGCUCCUCCCACACACCCCGAAGCCCCAAGCCACAGCACUCCCACCCUACCAAACCUCCUUCGCUGGCUUCAUCGUCUGCAGUUCAAGAUGGGACAGAUUGAACUUCAAUCAUCAGCUGCCACACAGUUUUACUCUGUGUAGCAACUCAAAUUAAAAGAUGAAAUAGCCUGUUUAA